CUCUCUCUCUCGCGUUCUCCCUCUCUAAUCCGAGAAAGGGAAACCGACAACCUAGCUCUCUCUUCUGUGCCUCCGUCUUCUCCUUUUCUUGGCUGGCCAAGGGAAUCGCUCGUAUUCAAGUUAAAUCAACAUAGAAGGUCUCGAUCUAGGAAUGGAGAGGGAUCGUCGUCAGUCGAGGCCGCACCGCCGGCGGCAACAGGAACGCCGACGACAGCAGUAUUUGAAGAGAGAUCAGAUCUGGAUUAUGCAACCGUGGACGAUGGAGACGGCGGCAUAGGAUGUUCCGCCCGCGGCGACUGAAGGGUAUGAGUUUGAGGAAAGACGAUUUAGCUUGCUGGUGUGGGCUCUUCAUGUCUAUCGGGCCUUUGCUUUCUUAGAUUUGUAAACUUGGUUGAUGUUUAGGAGUGUACUAAAUUUUGUAAUGAUGUUGGCUUUUAAAUUCCUCCUCAAUAAUACAG